UAGAAACGAUUUACAGAGAGAGUUUUCUUGAUCUAGAAAAAAUCGAUUCAACAACAUUGAUCGGAUUUAUCCGAUAAUCUCUGAGGCAAUGAUAUUUUGAGUUCGGAAUCCCAGUAAAACCUCCAUCAGCAGAUUUAUCCGAUAAUCUGUCUUUUUUUCUCCGAUAACACAAAAUUGAUCGGAUUUAUCCGAUAAUCUGUCUUUUUGUAAUUCUCAGAUUUCGACAUCAAUGGAUAAGUAAGAUUAAGUGUGGAUUCCAAACGUAUUGGAUCGAAUAUGGGUCUUCUUUAACAGGAAAACAAAUAAAACAAGCCUAAAUGAAAGAUAAGUAUCCAGAACCCUUUUAAAUUCUGUCUUUACAUCUACUCUGGUCAAUUCAAAAGUCUAAUGUUAACCAUUUUCUUUUGACAGGGUUUAAUUUCUUUGAAUUAGACGCUCAUUGGAAUUGCAUAAAUUGGAUUGAAGAAAGACUAUGAACAUAGUUGUGUAUUGAAAGCAAAUCAAUGUUUAAACUACCUUAUAAAAUCUGAAGUGGAGUAAAGAAUGAAUCUCAUAUACAAUCCUAUUGUGGAUUAAGGUGGGAAAGAGAUCAAUUUCGGAUCUACAAUAAGACAGGUGGGCUUGAGGGUUAGAAACGUAAUUGGGCCCGGAAGCUGAAAGGUUUAUUUGCUGCUUAGAAUUCGAAACCCUAGAAACUUCUUCUACUGCAACCAUGGAUUCUUCUCUAACCAAUUCCAAGAAACCGACCCUGGUGAUCGGAGGUAUGACCGAUUCUGGUAGUACAAACCCUAAACCCCAAUCAGGUUCUCCCGAUCCGACCCUCGGUGAUGCCUUCUCCAAUCCGGGACUCAAGAGAGAUUCAAGAAGCUACGAGAACGACGACGAUGAUGAUACUAAUAGCUUGUCUACUAAGAAACCGAGGACUACGAUGAUCGAAACCACCUCUCAGGGUUGUCAAAAAAUCGUGCCCUUGGAUGUGAAACCAUUGACGAUCGUGCCACCUGAAACUCCGAAGCUUUCUAGACAGUUUUGGAAAGCUGGCGAGGACGACGAAUCUGUGCCUAUACCUCGCUAUUGUAGCAAUGAUGCGGCGGUUAGGGUCCAUCCUCAAUUUCUUCAUGCGAACGCCACUAGCCAUAAGUGGGCACUUGGAGCUUUGGCUGAACUUCUUGACAAUUCUCUAGACGAGGUGAAUAAUGGGGCUACAUAUGUUCAUGUCAAUACAGCAACUAAUGAAAGAGACGGAAAAAGCAACAUUCUAAUUGUUGAAGACAAUGGAGGUGGGAUGAAUCCUAGUACGUUUAGAGAGUGCCUUUCUUUAGGGUAUUCAAGAAAACGCAAUAUGGCUAAUAGGGUUGGUCAAUAUGGGAAUGGAUUCAAAACUAGUACAAUGAGGCUUGGUGCUGAUGCAAUUGUCUUCUCACGCUGUCGAGGAACCAACGGAAACAAUCCGACACAGAGCAUUGGUAUGCUAUCAUAUACGUUUCUUUACGAGACAAGAAAGUGUGAAGCAAUUGUCCCCACGGUUGAUUAUGAGUUGGUCAAUAACGAGUGGAAGGAGAUAGUUUAUAACUCCAGAGAUGACUGGUCUGAUAAUCUAGAGACCAUAAUGAAGUGGUCACCUUACCUAUCCGAACAAGAUUUAUUGGACCAGUUUGAUCACCUAGAAGAGCAAGGUACUCGGAUCGUGAUAUAUAAUCUAUGGGAGGACGAUGAAGGGAAGCUGGAACUUGACUUUGAUACAGACCCUCAUGAUAUUCAACUCAGAGGUGUAAACAGAGAUGAGAAGAACAUCGAAAUGGCCAAAGCUAAUCCUAACUCGAGGCAUUUCCUGACUUAUCGACACUCACUACGUAGUUAUGCAUCGAUUCUGUAUCUCGAACGUCCAUCAAAUUUCAGAAUCAUUCUUCGUGGCAAAGAUGUUCAACAUCACAGCAUCUUAGACGACAUGAUGAUGAUGGAAGAGAAAACAUACAAACCUAUGCGUUCUCCAGAAUGGUCAUCAGAUCAAGAGAUGUUUGCUACUAUAAAGCUUGGCUUUGUGAAAGAUGCUCGUCAUCACAUUGACAUACAAGGGUUCAAUGUUUACCAUAAGAACCGGCUUAUCAAGCCAUUUUGGAGGGUUUGGACUGCUGCUGGAAGUGAUGGACGCGGUGUUAUUGGUAUAUUGGAAGCUAAUUUCAUACAACCAGCUCAUAAUAAGCAAGGUUUUGAGAGAACUGCGGUUCUUGCUAAACUUGAAGGCCGAUUGAUCCAUCACCAAAAGCAGUACUGGUCUUCAAGGUGCCAAGAGAUUGGUUAUGCUCCAAGACGGAAACAAAAGAGUUAUUAUGAAAGUAAUGUUACAGAAACUACUCGGCCUUUGAACAACACAAACCUUAAUAGGGGACCAUCUCCUACUGCAGCACCAGGUCCAUGCAGGCAAAAUGUUGAAUCAUUUGUAAGAAACCAAAACACUCAGGUUAAUACACAACAAGCAAGUGGUGUAAAAAUACAACCUGAGAUCAGGUCUACGAACAAAACCCCUCUUGGAAGAAGUUUCCAAGAAACAGGCUCAGUUAAUCUAGAAGCAGAGUUGCAGAAGGUGAAACAGAAGUCAGCCGAAGUGGUCUCUCAGUUGCAGAGAGAAAAAGCACAACUUCAGUUGCAACUUGAGGAGUCAAAAGCUAAGAUCCAAAACUUGGAAAAGGCCCAGGGACAGAAAGAACCUAAGGUAUCAAAAGCUAUGAUCCAGGACUUGGUGAAGGCGCAGAGACAGAACGAACUGCUUGAGUUGCAACUUAAAGAGUCAAAAGAUAAGAUCCAAAACUUGGAAAAUCGGCAGGAGGGAGUGAAUAAAAUCUUUCAGGAAGAAAGAGCCCGCAGAGAUGUGACUGAGAAUGCCUUAAGGAAGAGACUAAGGGAAGCUUCUGAUGUCAUCGAUGGGCUCAAGAAGCAAGUGGAGACCUUUAAAGGAAAACACAUGUUGUAAGCAUAGUGUCAAGAUAGUCUCUCCUAGGUUUUUUUUGGGUUAUGUUUUUAAGGUUUGUGGCUGUACAUGAAACUUCUCUCCUUCAGCAGUAUGUUUAUAUUUUGUGAAAGACCCCCAACUCAGUUUGUAAGCAUGCAAUGCUUUUUUGUUAA